GGCGGAACAUGAAUGACUGGAACGGUCUAUGGGAGUAGCCAUAGACAUAUAGCUAGCUAGCUAACCUCUUCUAGUUAUGAGUUCAUGUUGCUCCUUUCACUUCUAAAACGAGAAACGAUAUUUUAAGGUGUUCAGUUUUCUGCGUAGACAGACGUUUAGUCUGUUUGCUGGUGUGGUUGCUGAGAAGUGUGGAUAUGUGCACUCAGACGAAGGCUGCGGCGCUGAUGGCCAGCAUACCGCUGGCAGACAUCGACCCAUCCGGCGUGUUUAAGUACGUCCUGAUCCGCGUGCACAGCAAAGAGGAGGGAGACGACUCGGAGAUAGAUAUAGUUCGAGGAUAUGGCUGGGCUGAGUACCACGCUGAUAUCUAUGAUAAGGUAUCCGAGGAGCUAGAAAAGGGCGGCCACCUAGACUGUGAAUGUAUUGGAGGAGGGAGGAUCAAACAUGAUCCCCAGGCCAAGAAGAUCCACGUCUAUGGAUACUCCAUGGGAUUUGGAAGAGCAAACCACGCAGUAACUACAGAGAAACUGAAAGAUCGGUAUCCAGACUAUGAGGUGACCUGGGACAACGAAGGAUACUGAACUUAACUAAUGAUCCGCCUUGGUUGGACCCCCCUUUCUCCAGGACUGACAUGGCACUAAUGUGAAACCCCUUAUGCAAACACAGGGCAUGUCAAUAAGAACCAUACCGAGUCUGAUACGGAACUUUUUGAUACCGCAUUUAUAAUCCAAGGCUAAGGCUGACUUACAACCACAAGUCUGAUUAGAAAACAAGCUUUUAUUUAAACUUAUUUUUGCGUUACUAUUUGAAGAAAUGGCUAACCGUUUCCCCCCACAUUUUUUAGUCCAUUUGGAUCAAAAACAAAUACAUGAUUAUCUUCCGAAAAUUCUAAUUUCAAAUAAAGUUACAGAAUAAAUAACGGGUCAUAAAUUUCACUGACUUGUUUUAGAGUCACAUAGCCUCAUCAUUUUGACCUACUCACUAAGAUGUAUUGGAAAUUGAACCUUAUGUGCUUUGUUAUGAUGUAUGUUUCAUAAAUGUUUCCUAAAAUCUGCUUUUA